AAAUCUUACAAAAUGGCUCCCUCGAAAUUGUUCUUGCCCGAUGCCUGAAUACAGGAAGUUAUCCAUCUAUUACACUAUCUCCGCUCGCUAUAAAUGGAUGGAAUUAUAACGCCAUGAAUAAUUAUGGAAACGGGUGAGGAUGUUCUGGCAUCGGAAGAAUCUGUACAAGGCGGCGUGAGCAAUCAAGAAGGAGGCGUUUUCCAUGUGAAUGCUGCUGGCGGUCGUGAUCUGCGAAGCAGCCGCAAGAAAAAGUUAACGCGAAAGGUUUCCUUUCCAGAUGAUUCUCAGCUGGUCCGAGCUUUAGAUCCAGUAGAUCCAUGGGAACAUGGUAAGAAUUUGAGUAUGUCUGGUUUUAUUUUUUCAAAUAUGGAAACAGAGACGGUCAUCAAAUUAAUGCUUCAAUUUUUGUGAUUUUCCAAGCUUAUAAGUGGUUGUGCCUCGAAUGACAGUGCAGAAUCAUAAAUAUUGGUCUUCGCGUAAUCACGUUUGUGAUAUAACCUUUUCUCUUGGGAUGUGUAAAAACAUAUUGAACAGACUUUGGUGGUGAUGAUUUCCCAUAAUUUGCUUUUUGUCGUUGUUUACUGUAUCUGUUUAAGGUCCACGGGGCACGAAAAAAAUACUAUUGCAAGUCACUUGUAAUAGGCUAUAAAUGUGAACAACUCAGCUUUCUUAAAUUUGAUUUGACAUUUAUAUUUUUAAUGUAAUAUGCUGUGUCCGGUAAAUUUUUUUGUCGGGUUUCUGUUAGAUCAUGUGCUUGAAAGAAAACAAUAUAUUAUGUUACAAGCGCCAUAAAAUGGCAACUGAAAAUUUCCGACGCGUCGAUGUUGUUUACAUGACCGAAAAGUCUUCGACGUAAGCGGUGGUUAACUUUAACUUAACAUUUAUGUGUUAAAUAAUGUCAAUAAAAUAGGGCACGUUGUUGUCACGUUUCACUUCUCCUUCUUCUUGGAAUUACAUAAUUUCACCCACGAUCAAAUUAUGAAGAAAACUUCAUCAGGAUAGUGAAAUGACCUUGACCCCGCGGGUAAGGAAAUCAAACUUCGAUGUCUAGAUUGAAUGAAAAAUUUCUUUUUAUGACAGUAUUUUGUCUUUCAAUUUCAAGAGCCUUACUGGUAUUUACAUACAUACAUGCACGCAUACAUCUAGCUGAAUUUUUGAAAACGUUUCCCCCAAAUGGACCUUUUUUGUGUCCAACAGUUUUCUUUUCAUCCAACAGCAAUCUCCAAAGUAACCAAAUAACAACUAAGAGUGCAAUCAUUGCCUUUUUCUCUUCUCCUCCUUUCUUCCUCCUUGCUCUUUCUUUUUCUCCUUUCCUUUUCCCUCGUCAGUGUGAUUUUGGAGCUUAUCUGGCCCAAAAAACCUGUCUUUUUACUUAACUGAUGGCAAAUUCCAUUUGGUUGGUUUUACAAAAAAUAGGCUAGACAUACAUACACACACACUUUUAUUUGUUAAAGCAGGUUGAGGAUUAAUGCAGCCAUAGGCUGAUGUACGUGGACCUGCUAUCUAAUAAUUACUUACAAAGAAAAUAAAGUAACAUGAUAAUAACAAAAUAUAAGUAUGUACAGUCACUGAAGUAAAAAUUCAGAUGGUUUCUAAAAUUCUAAAAAUAUAUAAAAUUGUCACUAAUUUUCUUCACUAUCAUGUGGACCUUAAAUGAAAAUUGAUUAAUAUCUUUAGAAAAUCUACAUAAUAUCUGUUUAAUGUGGUCGUUCUUGGUUGUUUCACUUGAAUUCAAAUUAACUAUUCUAUUCCAAAAGUUCCAAAUAACAGGUUAGCUUUUUUGUCAUCAUCCAAAACUUCCGCAUCAUUUUCAUCUUUGAGAGGGCCAGCUCUGGACAACUUUUGUUUAGCGGUAAUACUAUUAACUGUUUUUCAUGAUGUGCUUGAAUUAUAAGCUUCAAAAAACUUUCCCUUCCAGUGGUGACUUUAUAAGGAGCCAGCAUGUAUUCUAUGCCAGUAUUUCUUGGUUGCUUGUGUAGCACCAGAGGGAUUUUAAUAGUUUAUAGUGUUUGUUCAUAGCUUUCGGCCUAAUUUUCACUAUUCGUCUAAGGCAAAGAACAUUGUCUAAUUAUUUUAACUUGGUAACUAAAUAUGUGGCUGUCCACAACAUCAUUAAUCAAUCUCUCCCAAGUCCAAACUACAUCGUCCGUUUCAUCAAAGAUAGAACAAAUCCACCAUGGUGCAUUUUUCAGGUCGUGUUGAAAAGGUUCUGGAUUUUCAUUUACCUCCUUAAAAUGUUUUACAUGCUUUAUUGUUGGAGGAGGAUUGUGUGACGUAAUCAGGUUUCAAAUAAACCUAUCAUGUCUCCAGCAUAAAAACAAGACCUAUCUAACAAUGCUCUUAAUUUGAAUAAUUAUUUUCUUCUCUUUAGUGUAUGACUGUUUUCUGGCUGUUAUUUGCAAACUAUAAGUUAAACUUUUCAAAAUAAUUUUUUUUAGUGUAGUACAGAUAUCUUUUGAAAAAUAUAUAUCAGAACUGCUGUAAAUAGCAUCAAUUUUAAGCAGUUUAAUUUGUAAUUUUUUGGUACAAGAGUUGGUCUGAAAUAGGGUCAGGAUUUGGAGAAAUGGCGGCACAGCCCCACCAAGAAUUCCCAGGAGAACUUCCGCCAGGAAAAUGUAAUGGUUGUAUUUAAGAGGAUGUGGUCUUGAGUAGGAGUUUGAAAAGUAAUAUCUGAGAUAAUUAAAGUAAACAGCAUGUCUCAAUUCAAUUUAACUUUUUUAUUUACAUUAUACAGGACCAUAACACACAGUUUCUACUGCAAAUAAAAGAAAAAAAGAAGUAGUAACAUAAGGCUUAGAACAGAUAUACCAUUCAUAAAUGUCCGGUGUCCAAAGUAGCAAGAGCUUUCUAGACUUUAGACACUUCCAUAUUCAAGUAAAUGGCAGUAAAAAAUUAGAUUAAAGCAAAUCUGCAGGAAAAUCAAGUUUAAUACAUCAAGAGGUCUAAAGUUAUAUUAUAUUGUUGAAAAAAAGUCUGUUUUGGGGAUGAUUUUGUGGAUAAAUAAUAUCAGUUAUUUUGUUACAAAUAGUUCUGGUGAGUCCUGGGACUCCUCUUGUGAAAAAUCAUGAGUCUCGGUCUAGAACCAAUGAGUCUUAGUUUAAAAAAAAUGAGUCCGAAAGUGAAAAUGCGUGGGCCUGUAUGUAAGCAGAAGGUUAAUCUGAAGACAGACUCCAAAACUCUGUAUUUCAGUAUACUGAAAUUAAAAUAUAGUUUUUCUAUUUUAAAGCACAGCAAAGGUUAAAAAAAAUGCAUCGUUAAACAACAGUAAUAAUAACUGCCACAGAAAUUGCAUGAAUGAGAUAUUUCUUCAAAUGCACACGUUCAGAUGGAUCGAGCAAUCUUUGCAUCCUACGGGACGCAGGACGUAGAGGUAACAAAAUCACUGUUAAAUUUAUAUCAGUCUGCCACGUGAGUGACCAUUCUUUGUCCAGUGUAGAGAAGGAUGAAUAUUGUCUGUUCUGUUGUAGGCUAGUGCAGCACUCUCAACCUAAAAGAAUGAAAUUAAAGUAAAUUUAUAUGUUGAUUGUUUUUGUUCUGUAGAAGAAUAUAAACUGGGGCAGCAUUAUUCAGCAGUUCCCAUUUGGUUUCAUCUGAUUAACUCAAUCUGAAUGCUGAAAUCACUGACUAAUAAUUAUUAUGUUUUUAUUUUGUUUCAGGUGGAAAUCACAGCAAUAAGGAAGUAAUAGAUGCCUACAGAAACACCUGCUCAAGGCUGAAAAUCAAACCAUGCGAAAAACUUAUUAAACAGCUUGAGGUAAAUUACUGGUACAUAAAUACAUACAUAGAAGUGGUUUGAAGCCAAGAAUUAUAUACUACUAAUUUAUUUAAUGGCUUUAAAUAUUUUUUGCACAAGUCUUAGAGCUAAGACAAAAGCUCUUUUCCUUUUCAUAUAUAAUAGCACAUCUUAUCAAGAGCAUUUGUUUUGUUUUACCAGGCAUGUGAGAGUUUUAAAGACAGAAUUGAUGUUAUAGACCUAAGAGGUAUGAGUAACAACUGAAACAGGGGUUUACUUUUGCAUUUGAUUAGUAUUAUAUAUUGAAUGAAAGUGUGGCUAUGAAAGUGUUUUUUCACAGCUAAUAAGAUUGUUAGCCAGUUGCACAGUCUUUCUAGACCACCCUAGCAAUGUACCCUAUCUACUCUAUACAUUCAUACACUGUAGGAUAAAGGUUGAUUGAACGUGAUGAUGCAAGUGAUUUUCAAGUUAAAAGGAAACCAAAUUAUUAGCUGUCCAUUGGAUAAGCAUUAUGAAAAUCACAUUAUCCACUGGAUAAAAACAUUACAUAGCACUAUCCAGUCCUUUUGAACAACUUGGCCUGUAUGUUGCAGAAAAUGGGAACAUGUGCAAUGGGUGCUGGUUUCAUGCAUUUCUUUGAUUUAGGAAAUUCAAUUUAAUAAGAAUAGGUAAACAGACACUCCAAAUCCUUAUAAUUUAAUGAUCUCUUAUUAAGUGAUUCUGAUUCACAAGCCAAAUAUUGUCCUUUCCAGGAAGUAAACUUGAUGCAAAGAACUGUGAAGCUCUUGAGGAAGUGUUUAGAAGGGUCAGAACUAAGACAUUAGACUUGGAAAACACAGGAUUAGAUGAUGAUGUAAGCUCCACUUGUGGAGAAUGUUAGAUGACUAUUAAUUUUUAGACAAGUGGAUGUCCUUUUUUAUUUUUCUUGUGCCAGAUUUGAUUCUUCUCACUGUUUAUUUUAUGAUUUUGUUUUUCAUUUUGUUCCUUUGUUUUUCUUGUUUGCAGGGGGCUGUUUCAUUGCUGGAAAUGGUUGAGUUCUACAAGACCACUUGUAAGCUCAACUUGGCUUAUAAUACUAAAAUUAAAAUCAGAGGCUGGCAAGCUCUUUCUAGGACUUUGAAGAAGGUAAAAAAAGUGGCAUGAUUGAUUUUUACUUGCUAAUUAUCUAAAGUUUUCCUCAAACCAUUCAAGAUUGAACUUUUUGCUUUUUUCUCUGUGUAGUUUUUCCAGUAAUGAAUUUUAUUUGAACUUUACAUUUUUAUGUCAAAAAUUGUCUAUUUUAGGCCAGUCCUCUCAUGAAGGUAUGGUCUCUUGAUAAGACUUCAACAAAAUUUUUUUUGAAAGAUGUGGAUGGAUUUCAUGAAACAAUGUACAGCAAAGUUUCAAGUGUCUCCCAGAAACAGGCAAAAUAUACUUCCAUCCCAAACAGGUUCCCAAAUCAUCUGGAAAAAAAGUUGCUACUGCAUUUUUCUCUAAUAUUAAUGUAAAUACCUCAAUGAAAAUCUAAGGAAUGUUGAUUUUAAAAAUUUCCUAUUCUUAUUUCUUAUCCUCGUGGAGUUCUAACACACACUGACUUAUUUUGAUCAUUGAAUCUGUUUGAUCCUUUUUCUUGACAGACUCCAUGCUUAGAGUAUCUGGACAUAAGAAAUACAUUGUGGACAGAACAGUCCCUACCCCUCUUAGGACGGUCAUUAAGGCUAGACUGUUGUCUGACUGUGUUACACAUGGAAAACACCAAUCUGUCAGGACGAUCACUAUUUCUUCUUGGUAUGUGAAUGUUUGUUCCACAUGUUUUUUUCAGCCGGCAUCCUACAAUAUUAUACAGUUGACUCUCUCUUAAUGGCCACCUCUAUAAGACGGACACCUCUGUAAAACUGACACCUAGAGUUGGUCCCGGCCUUUCUCUCCCCCCUCUAUUUGACUCUCUAUAAAACGGACGUCUCUCUCUCUAAUAAUAAUAAUAAUAAUAAUAAUAAUAAUAAUAAUAAUAAUAAUAAUAAUAAUAAUAAUAAUAAAGACAGACAGCUAGUGCUGGUCCCAGAGGUGUCCAUCUUAAAGAGAGUUGACUGUAGUUACAAAAUAGAAGAGAACAUCACAUGUGAGUUAGAGAAACAUUGCAUAUUAGAUAGCACUUACUAGGUGAAGGACACCUCAUAUAUUUUCCAAAUUACAUAUUUACGUUUAACACCCCUGAUCACUGGAUGGGUUGCUGGUCCAUUACAAGGGUUCCUUCAAGUGAUAUCCAUUUAUAUUCAAGAAAGGAGAAGAGCUGGAGCUAGCCAAGCUUCUUAACUUAAGGAACAUCAUAACAGCAGAGACUGGACCCAGCAUGAAGUCUCAGCUGCACCACAGUGACUGCAGUGAAUCACCUUUAUUUGAAUACUUUCUGUUUCCUGUGUUAAUAGCCAGUGCAGUGAAGUUUAACCACACCCUUCAAGACUUGUUUCUUGGUGAUAAUAAGCUCAUAUCAUCAGAUGGACAGACAUUGGGUGCCAUGCUGAAGGGAAAUGACCACCUUCAAUUGCUAGAUUUAAGGAACAAUCCAUUACAGGUACCAUUUUUAAUCUACUUGUUACUACAACUAGGCUCUUCCAGUUUCCUUAGUGUAAAAGUUUAAAGGGCUUUUUGCAUUUUGCCAGGUGUAACAGUUUUGGAGUUGGAUUAUUGACCUUUUUUAACAAUACUGUAAAAGAUGUAAACAGGGACUUCAAAGGAAAAAAAAAACAGUUCAUCUAUGUAGCACCCUUUCUGUUGUGAUCUGUUUGAUAAAUCGACAGACCAUGGAAAAUUAUUUUCCAUGGUCUGUACUCUUAUCAACAAUAAAAAUGACAUCAACACAUUCAAAACUCAAGUGGAGCCACAAACUGCAGGCAAGUGGUUUCACUCCUAGGUUUUGAACAUUUUGUAAGGUCAUUUAUAUGGUAGAUAAGAGUGCAGACCAUGGAAAAUUGUAAUAAAUAAUAUUUACAAUUUUGGCAUCCAUUUCCAAUGAAGUUUCCUGGAAAAUCGACGAAAAAGAGCGAAAAAGUUGCACCCUUAUCAAGUCAUUACCAGGGUCUGUACUCUUAUCGAACAUAGCUCUCCACCAAUCAGCAUUCAGUUGCAAAUAUUUCUCUGGCAACUGUUAGUUGGGAAUAUGUUAGAUAUGUAUAAUUUUUUUGCUUUUAUGUAGGACAUGGGUAUAGGUUAUAUAUGUGAAGGUUUAUCUGAACAGCACAAUGGUGGACUACAAACUCUGGUGCUUUGGAGUACUCAGCUUACAAGCCACGGAGCAGGCUACCUGGCUAAUGCACUGGUAAGAUCAUUUCCUUCAAGGCUGGAAUAUUGAGCAACUAUGACAGUGACAGCGACAAAUGCAAGGUGGAACGUCCACAAAGGAAAAAGCUUUAUGACCAAAACAUCAACUCUGUUGAGUACAUUUCCUUACUGCAGCCAUUGCACAAUUACGAAGUAAAAUUUGCAUAAAUGACAUUUCAAUAAGGACAUAAAACAAACAAGGACAAAAUUUACCCUUUUGUUGUAAACUUCAAUGCUAUUCCUGGGAAAUGAACUCCAGAAGAAUUUACCUUUAUUAAUUUUGUCAAAUUCAACUUUGAAUACUGGUAGUAGUUUGAAAGAAAGUUAAUUGUAUUAUUUUGUUUAGUGACAUUUUCUUUGUUGUCAUUGCUGUUGAACAUGUGAUUGGCAAGAAAUGAAAUGUAAAUACUUAUUGAGGAGAGGAAUUUUUUGCACUUUGCAUGAAAUUUGACAAUUUAUUCUGUUCAAUGUAUAUUCAGACUGGUGGUGAAGACAUGAUGCAUAGUGUGUGUUUUUUUUUAAAUCAAGUGGCUGAUUUUCCUUCAUUUGUAGUUGUGCACCAAUUCUCUUCAAACUCUUAACCUUGGACACAAUCGCCUGACUAAUGAUGGGAUUCAUGCACUGAAAGAAGGUCUCCUGAGGAACCAGUCUAUACAGAGACUCGGCCUUUCAAAUACAAGACUUUCCAGUGAAGGUAGGAAAAACCAUAAACACAGACUGCUCAUAGUAGAGUAACAGAUGCUGGAUUCUUGAUCAAUAAAAUUUGCCUCAAAGUUGCCAUGACAGGAUUGCCAAACCCUAACACAAUUAAACUCAUCUUAUGUCGUUUGUGGCCAUGUCAUCUAGUUUUAUGUUGGUGUUUCAAGGCCAUGUCUCUUGUCUUAAUUUAACUCUAACAGGGCCUCGUUAAGGGCAUGCAUAAGUUUCUAAUACUCUCUUAUUUUGGUAGGAAUAAUUGCUCUUGCUGAGGUGAUUGCAGACAGUAAAACAAUCCUAAGAGUGGAUCUUCGUAACAACGAUCCAUAUGUCGNGAGGAAUUUUUUGCACUUUGCAUGAAAUUUGACAAUUUAUUCUGUUCAAUGUAUAUUCAGACUGGUGGUGAAGACAUGAUGCAUAGUGUGUGUUUUUUUUUAAAUCAAGUGGCUGAUUUUCCUUCAUUUGUAGUUGUGCACCAAUUCUCUUCAAACUCUUAACCUUGGACACAAUCGCCUGACUAAUGAUGGGAUUCAUGCACUGAAAGAAGGUCUCCUGAGGAACCAGUCUAUACAGAGACUCGGCCUUUCAAAUACAAGACUUUCCAGUGAAGGUAGGAAAAACCAUAAACACAGACUGCUCAUAGUAGAGUAACAGAUGCUGGAUUCUUGAUCAAUAAAAUUUGCCUCAAAGUUGCCAUGACAGGAUUGCCAAACCCUAACACAAUUAAACUCAUCUUAUGUCGUUUGUGGCCAUGUCAUCUAGUUUUAUGUUGGUGUUUCAAGGCCAUGUCUCUUGUCUUAAUUUAACUCUAACAGGGCCUCGUUAAGGGCAUGCAUAAGUUUCUAAUACUCUCUUAUUUUGGUAGGAAUAAUUGCUCUUGCUGAGGUGAUUGCGGACAGUAAAACAAUCCUAAGAGUGGAUCUGCGUAACAACGACCCAUAUGUCGGGGGACUGAUGGCUCUUUCACUGGCACUCAAGGUCAACAAUACCCUUGUGAGAAUAGACUUGGAUAAAGAACUCAAAAAGGAACCAGUGAGUUCUUUGUUGUAUUAUUAUUACUAUCAUUAUUAUUAUUAUUAUUAUUAUUAUUAUUAUUAUUAUUACUAUUACUAUUAUUAUUAUUAUUAUAAGGUCUGUGUAUAGUCUCCUUCUUGUGCAGUCACGAAGAAGUCACAAGAGAGCCGCAUGCAAAAGGAAACACGAGUGCCAGGGGUGGAGAAAGAAAGGAGAGCUUGCAAUGAUCUCUUACAAAUUUUCACUGCCAUCCCAGAAACGGCAGGAAACCGCAAAGCAAUAAAACUGUCACAUGAAUUAAGAAAUGUGUCAGCCGCUUUUCAAUAUAAUACCCUCAUUCAAAUGUUCCAGUUACACUAAUGCUCCAACAAAACCAAAAUAUUACAAUUUUGUACUAAGACAAGACUACUAAAAGGGAAUCAUUGGUCUGGACCUCCUUGUCUGAAACACAGCCUAAAAACUGAGUAGGAUCUACAAUAUUCCUUGAAUUCAACAGGGACGUGUUGCUUUUUAAAAAGCCCCUGCAUCCUGUUUAUACUUCAGCAUCAACAGAAAUCACAUUCGUUUCUUUAUUUGUCAUUAUUUAUCACUGGAUGUUUCUUUCCUUAUUUUUCUUGUGCACACCGACCUUCCAUGUAUGCGCCUGGAUCUAAAAAUCAACAUGUUGAUUCUGCUUUCGCUGUGUGGAAACUCACACAACUGCGUAAUGUUUUCCUGGUAACUUCUACGCUGCAUUCCCUUGUUAGUCUUUUGAAGUACUUACAAUCCACAGUAGUUUUUUUUAUGGAAAGAAAGGGUGAUCUUCUUCCUUGCCAGCAAAUCUUUCUUGGAGAAAGGAGCAAUUACCCUUAAAAAAAACCUCUGGUGCCCCGGAUAACGAGCAAUCUACCCAACUGAUUUUGGAAAGCAUUGGCAAAAAUUUAUGGUGGGUCAGCCAGGACUGUCAUCAAUGAACUUUAACUUCCGGAAUGUCAUGUUUUAGCCAGUGGUAUUUCACUUCAUCUGGACAAAGCAGAAAUGAAAAUUUAGAGGAGAUUGUUACAAGCUCUCCUUUUCCUCACCCCCCAGCUUUGCCGCUUACUCAUGCAUUCGCUCACCACUUGAAAUGGAGAGCUUCCAUGCAGGCUAGUCUGUGUAAGGCAUUACAACAUUGCUGAGUACAUGUGAUUUUGCCAAGUCAAAUAUGUGUGUUCAGUGGCACUGAUAAUCAGCUGCCCUUUCUUUCCCCUCUUUUGGCUAAAAGCACUUAUAGGGUGUUUUCACAGCUUGUAUUGAGUGACUUGUAUUUAUUUGUUUUCAUCAGGGCAUGGAAACCACACAGAGGAUUAUCCUUGCUGACAUCUAUGGCUAUUGCCAGAGAAACAAGAUGCAAGCAAAGGAGCGUGAGGAGCGUCAGCUUACCAAUAACAGCCAGACUGAAGAAGGAACAGCUAGUGAAACAGAAAGCAGUCAUGGUGUAACAAGACAUGCAGAAAACCUUCAGUCCGAGAGUCAGGAUAAACUUGUUGCUUCAAUUCCUCCACAACUAAUUCAGUUAGAGAAUCCUCCAGAUAUCAAGGAGGAGCUCAAAGUACUGACUGCAGACUAUCCAGCCUGCAAUUCACGGUUUAAAGUUACUACUGUACAAGAAGAAGAUGAGGAACACACCUCACAAGAUUCUAGCUCCAGUGGAGAAGAGCUUCUUAAUGGCAGCAAAGAAUUGCCACUUGUAGAUUUAUCAGAGGAUUCUAAUUGUUUUCCAAAAUUGAACAGUACAAGCCCAACUAGUGACUUGCGUGACAGUAGUGCCAGUUUGUUUGGUGACUUGCGUGACAGCAAUACCAGUGUGACUGGUGAAUUGUUUCACAGCAGCAAGAGCGUGUCAGGUAGCAUACAUGAUCAGAUGCCAAGUGAUCCACUUGUUAAUUUAGAUGAUUCUGCUCAGUCAGGGGGUUUGAUUUUACAGCCAAAUGCAACUCCUACAAACCUCUCAGUACAAACAGAUGUAAGGUCCACAGGUAAGCUGAUUGCAUGCACUUUAGAACAGGUUUCCAUGAGAAUGCAAAUCAGUUUUUGAAAUACNAAAUUGAACAGUACAAGCCCAACUAGUGACUUGCGUGACAGUAGUGCCAGUUUGUUUGGUGACUUGCGUGACAGCAAUACCAGUGUGACUGGUGAAUUGUUUCACAGCAGCAAGAGCGUGUCAGGUAGCAUACAUGAUCAGAUGCCAAGUGAUCCACUUGUUAAUUUAGAUGAUUCUGCUCAGUCAGGGGGUUUGAUUUUACAGCCAAAUGCAACUCCUACAAACCUCUCAGUACAAACAGAUGUAAGGUCCACAGGUAAGCUGAUUGCAUGCACUUUAGAACAGGUUUCCAUGAGAAUGCAAAUCAGUUUUUGAAAUACUGCUGAAGAAUUUACAUUAAUUUUAAUUGAUGAAAUGUUUAAAUACUGCAUAACAUAUCGUGCAAGUAUUGAUUUCAGUGAGAACCAGAAAAGAUAAAUAGUUUUUCAAUGAAAGCUGGCCGACUGGAACAAACUGGAAAGAAGUAAUAAACAAUAACGUAAUAUCAGUGUGUUGGGUAAGCAGAGUUUAACCGCUUUAGUGGCCACUUUCUAGACUACUGGGUGACAAGAUUUUUAUCAAAUCGCCAGAAACAUGAACUCUAUUAAGAGACGAAUUGUACCCGUGUCAUGGGAACCCUUAAAAGAAGUUCAAAAUGUAAAUUCUAAGCUGAAAAUUUUCUGAUAAUUUUGUCUGCUGGGACUCAGACGGUGGCUGUUGAACAGGAGGCCUGCUUAGUAGAUGACGUUUGUACCUUCAAUUUCUUUCUUAAACAAUUCUUACUUGUUUAGAGCCUAGUCCCUCACCUAGUGAACUGGAAAAGCAGCUUGAUACCACGUUAGGAGACAAGAGAGUAAAAGAAAGGAACCACAACCCAUUGUUGAAUAACGUUCUGAAGACACAAGGUAAGUAGAUCAGAUAAAUAUGCUGUUGUACUCUUGUACUUCAAGCUUGUGAAUGGCGGAUUAAAAAAAUUGGAAAAAGGCGGUGAAUUGUAAGAUUAUUUCUUGGUAGUAACUUACAAACAAGAUCUAGUGUUUCCACAGCCUGUUGAAGAGUAAGUUUUUAGAAAGCUUUGUAAUAGAAAUUCUUUAUGUUUGUUUUCAGAAUUUUGGAAAAAACAGAUGGACGACCUCAUAAAAGGCACAACAAAUAACACACCCCCUCCCUCCACAGUAUCUCCUGAUGGCACACGCAACACUGCAGAUUUACUAAGUUAAUGGGGAAUUUUGAAAUGGACAAAAGUGACAAUUAUUCACUUGAAUGUUACGACAAUUUAACACAAGUGAAGAUAAAAAACUUCUAUCGUCUCAACAACAUUUUUUGUUCUAAUUGUUUUUACAUGUAGAUGAAUUCUGGUUCUUGAUAAAAUUUAUCCAAAAAUAAUGAUGAAAUAUUUUUUGACCGUGUGGUGUUUUAUAUGUGUGCCACAUGAAGGAGAUCACUUGCUAAAGUUCAAAAAUUGCUUACUUGGUAGACAAUUUCAAAGUGUUGUCUGUAGGCCUGCUAUUAAAUAUAAAUUGUUUCAUUAUUUUCUCCUAUUGUCACCUACCACCGUGCGCCUCCACUCACUUUGCUCAGUGGAUUCUCCCCAGACAAAAAGGAUCUGGGAAUAACAAUCAUAUUACAUGACCCAAGCUUAGCCUUUGAUGCUGGGGGUCUUUUGAUGCAACAGAUUCUUAUUGUAAAAUCAUUAUAAUUAUCAUAACUAUUGGUAACUCGGUUAUCACAAGCAUGAGAUUUUAUGGCUAAAAUUAAGUUUGAAACAUUUUUGUAUAAUACCGUUUUGUAUACAUUGUUAAAAAGUUACGACAACUCAUGUGUUAAAUGUACUUAGGACUUAGUAGAAUCGCUAACUAUUUUUACUUUUUUUAUUCCCCAAAUAUGGAAACCGAAAUUCCAGUGUAUUCAUUCAGAUUUAUUUUCCUUUCUACACACAGAAUUCUUUCAAUGACAAACAAAUGUAAAGAGCUAAAAAUAUAAAAUUAACAAACCUGCCCGUGACUCAUGGUUCUACUUAACUUUUCAACAUGUUGACGUCAUUUCUAUG